CUCCUCGUCAACCGUCUCCUAGUUGCGACAAAUCCGACAAGAUGGCGAAGUCCAAGAACGCGUCUCAGCACCACAACAGCCAGAAGGCUCACCGUAACGGUAUCAAGAAGCCCAAGACCAACCGUUACCCCUCCCUCAAGGGUGUUGACCCCAAGUUCCGCCGCAACCACAGACACGCUCUUCACGGUACCGCCAAGGCUCUGAAGGAGCGCAAGGAGGGCAAGCGCGAGGUCGCAUAAAUCAACUAAUAUAGAAACGUUUUAAAAAGAAAUGAAAGCGAUUUGAGUUGGUUGAUCUUUCUUUUGCCAAAACGCCCCCGCGCACCAUGAGUGGGAUCGUCUUGUCUUGUCGGAUUUAGCCCAGACUGGUCCUCACCCCACCCGGCUACAUGUUUUCGCAAACGGUUGUCACAUAGGAAAGGAAAUUGACUGGUUUCUGCGGGUAUACUUGGAAGAGCGAGUCGUGCUCUUCUGCUAUUUUUCUUUUCCGUCCUUGCCCGCGUCGUGGUGAGUGACGGGUUUCCCCCACAAAUUCGGUUCGGGUCUAUUUGCAGACCGGAGUCGGAGAUCAGGCAUAUGUGUGUACAGCUUCGUGCUUAUUUUUCCAUGCGCGCUUGCUGAAGGAUUAUUUUAACGUGCCGAGAGAAGAUCCCAUGCCCUCCUGACUUCCAAUCACCCUUGGCCUUUUGCUCUCCGUGGGCCAAGGGUGCAUGGACGGAGGGCUACAUCCCC